UUGACAGCCGGCUGUGCGAGGUCAGGGUCGGUGUAAGGAGGAGACCAAAAUAAAACCCAAAAAUCUGAUAACUGGAAAAAACGUAAACGAAAAUGGAGCUCGUGAUUUAAGUGCGAAAAGUGUGACUUUUGCGGGUUUGUUGUGGCGAAAUGGCAAGACAUUUGAGGUGAUUAAUUGGGGAAGGUUGAGUAAAAUGGAACAUUUGAGGGAUUCUGGAAAAGUUGAUCCUGAUUAUGAGAGUUAUAAUUCAGCUUUGGAACUAAAUGAGGAAGAAGACAAGAAGGAGAAUUUAAUUAAGAUAAGAAAUAUAAUCGAGGAGGAAUACAAUAAAGAAAUUUUCGAGAGACAGGAACAGAUUGAACAAAUCGAAUUACAAAUAUGCAAAGUCCGCAAAAUUUUACAUUUGUUGCGCUACGCCUUAAUCAUGUCCUACUACAAGAAAAAAGAGUUAGAGUACAACGGAACCGAGGACGAAGCCUCCACUUCCGAUCCCCUCCUUGCCCCUGACAAGCAGAACCGGAUCCACCCAGCCCUCAAAAAACUCCUCGGUAAAAACGUCAGCAGCCUUGACCACUUGAACCUCAAAGACAAGCGAAAAACUACUGCCAGAAGCCCCCGCAUCCCCGACCCUCCAACACCCCCAGAAAGCAAAAAAAUUAAGCUCGACCCCGAUAUCAUCCCCCAAACGCCCCCCAAAGUCCAACCCCCGGAGGCCGUCACGCGGAACCGGAAAAAAACUAAACAUCGUGUAGUCAUUGGAAACAUUUCAAAAUGGAUGCCGUCAUCUGAAGACGAUCUUCUGACCCACAAGUGGAUGGUGUACGUAAGGGGCCCUAAGGACACCCCCGACGUGUCGCAUUUCGUCGAUAAAGUCGUUUUCUACCUCCACCCGUCGUACAAACCCCACGAUGUGGUGGAAGUCAGCGAAUCGCCGUUCCAUCUAGCACGCCGUGGGUGGGGCGAGUUUCCAGUCCGAGUACAAAUCUUUUUUAAAGUGAUUUUAAAUAAACCAAUCGAUGUUGUGCACAAUAUUAAGUUGGAUAAGACGUUCAGUGGGCGACAGACGUUGGGAAAUGAGACGAUCGUUGAUGUUUUUCUGUACGACAGUGAAGUUAAAGCGGAAGUUGAACAUGAUUAUUGUUCCGAUGUUGAGACAAAAAUUGAAGAAGUUAAUUUUGACCACUGUUACUGUAUGCCUGCCUCGAGCGAGGGCUUGCCCAAGCUGAAGAAAGAAAAGAUUGAACAAGACGAAGACAAUAAAUUAAUCUACGGGUUGGAGUCGUAUUGCGGGGAAAAUCACGAGAAAAUAACACCAAAUCAACUAGUUUUAAAUCGGAAGGAUAUCAGGUUUAAUAAUACGAAAAUUCUGGUUUUCGGGCAAAAACUAGAAGGCUGCGUUUUGACCAAACUGAUCCAAAAUCAUUCGAGAAAUGCUAAAAGUGAGGCGAACAAUUUUAAACUAGUUUUGCCCUCACACAGGUUCAAAAAUAUGGGGGAGGCGCUUCCUUUCCUGUUCAAAAGGUUGCCCCUUUUUAGCGAUUUAGCGAAUAAUGCGAAUUACAAACGCAUUUACCCGUUUACUGCCUCGAGUUUGAAAGAGUUUGUAAGCUGGAAUGUUGGGAAAAGGCGGAGUUCUGAGUGGAGUCGCGCAAGACUUAUUAAAAAAAUUCUAACUUCGGAACAAAUUUUCGGUUCCGAAAAUUGGAACACUAAGACGAUUUUGAUGUAUGGAAGGUCACACGACUACACACCAUUUAUUUCUUUCGGCCUUUUCAAUCGAGAGUCAGAGGAAAAACAAUUGCUUCAGUCGUGUUACUCUUCAAGCCCGACCAUUGGUUGCCGCAACCACGCAAUUGAACAGCAAGAAAUCACAGUCAACAUUGAGUCAGAUUCGGAGUCUCCGAAAAAAAAUCAUUCUGUGAUUGACAUCACCGACCCUCAUUUGAAACUCGAGUGUUCGUUCAUCCGCCAAACGGCCCUCGACUGUGGCAUUAUCCUCAAGCCGGAGGAAAUCGUAGAAGGCGUGAAGUUUAACGGUGCUGAAAUGAUGAUUCUCGAAGCUGUUAAAUGUCUCGCCGAGAAUUUGAUCCGACGAGGGAAGAAUCAUAGAGUUUGCACGAAAAUUUCGAGUAAUUCUAGUACAAGUGUAAUAAACCGGGAGGACGUCGAGAUGGCAAUCAAUGAGCGGCCGGAGAUGUUCUCCUUGAAAUAUUUCAGGAACGAGCGGAAAAAUUUUGAGUAUUUCUCGUAAAAUGUCCGUAAAUUGUGAUUAAAUACACUAUUUUUCCAACC